AUGGUGAGUAUCUGUUCGACGGUGAAUGUAGCAUCUCGGCCCAGCCAUUGUUCACUCAUAACGACCAUCAAGAAGUGCGCAGGCACAGGGCAAUGGGACACAGUGUUGGCAUUGUUCCGCGAAGCACUGCAAACGGGUACGAGAGUCGAUACUUUUAUUCAUACUCUCGUUGCCAGCACAUGCACAAAAGGAGGGCAAUGGCAGCAGGCGCUUUUGCUGUUCAGCGAACUGCCAGGGGCAAAACUGCAACCAGACGCAAUCAGCUACGGUGCCAGAGUAAGCGCUUGCGAGAAAGGUGGGCAAUGGCAGCAGGCUCUAUGGUUUCUCACCGAGUUGCUAGAAACACAUUUCGAGCCCAACGUCAUAAGCUACAGCGCUGGGAUCAGCGCAUGCGAAAAAGCUGGCCAAUGGCGGCACGCGCUGUCGUUGAUCAACGGGUUGUUGGAGGCGCAACUCGAGCCGGGCGUCAUCGGCUACAGCGCUGGGAUCAGCGCGUGCGAGAAAGGCAGGCAAUGGCAGCAUGCGUUGUCACUACUCCGCGAGUUGAGCGAGGUGAAUUUGGAACCGGACGUCAUCUGCUAUUCCGCGGGUAUCAGCGCUUGCGAGAAAGGCGGGGAAUGGCAUCAGGCGAUAUCAUUGCUCAGAGAGUUGCGGGGGGCUCAUAUGGAACCCAACGUAAUCAGUUACAAUGCUGGAAUUAGCGCUUGCGGGAAAGGCGGGCAGUGGACGCAUGCAUUGUGGUUGUUUAGCGAGCUGCGGCAGGCGCAGCUGGAGCCAGAUAUCUUCAGCUAUAACGCUGGCACAAGCGCGUGUGAGAAAGGCGGGCAAUGGCAGCAGGCGUUAUCAAUGCUCAGCGAAAUGCAGGGGGCGAAGGUGAAACCUAAUGUCAUGAGUUAUAACGCUGGCGUCAGCGCUUGCGGGAACGGCGGGGAGUGGCAGCAGGCGUUGGCGUUACUCCAGGAAUGCUGUGAUGCGAAAUUGGAAUUGACAGUCAUCAGCUACAACGCUGGGAUCAGCGCGUGUGCGAAGGGCGGGGAAUGGCAGCGGGCGCUGUCGUUAUUCAGAGAGUUGUGGGAGACGCAGUUGGAGCCAGACGUAGUCAGCUACAGCGCGGGCGUCAGUGCUUGCACGACGGAUGGGCAAUGGCAGCAGGCGUUGUCAUUAUUCAACGAAUUGCGGGAGGCAGAGUUGGAGCUGAAUGCCAUCGGCUACAGCGUAGGGAUAAGCGCGUGCGAGAAAGGCGGGCUGUGGCAGCCAGCGUUAUCGCUGCUCAGAGAGUUUUGUGAGUUGAGGCUGGAGCUCAACGUCAUCAGCUACAGUGCCGCGAUCAGCGCGUGCGAGAAGCAGGGACAAUGGCAGCAGGCGCUGUUGUUGCUCGGCGAAUCGCGUGAAGCCCAUUUAGAGCCCAGCGUCAUCAGUUGCAGCGGUGCAAUGAGCGCUUGCGAGAAAGGCGGGCAGUGGCAGCACGCGUUGUCGUUGCUUCGCGAGUUGAGAGAGGUGAUGUUGGAGCCAGAUGUCAUCCUACAGCGCUGGGAUCAGCGCAUGCGAGAAGGGCGGGGAGUGGCAGCAGGCAUUAUCGUUGCUCAAAGAGUUGAGGGAGACACAUUUGGAGUUGAACGUCAUCAGCUACAGUGCUGCAAUCAGCGCAUGCGAGAAGCACGGGCUGUGGCAGCAGGCGGUGUCGUUGCUCGGCGAGUUGCGCGAGGCGAAGCUGAAGCCCAGUGUCAUCAGCUGCAGCGCCGGGAUCAGCGCUUGCGAGAAGGGUGGGAAGUGGAAGCAGGCGAUGGUGUUACUCAGUGA